AUGAAGAGUACACGAUCCACUUCAUUCAAGUCAAAGUUCAAGAACACAUCAGAAACGACCUUGAAUCUUAAAGAUGGCGAUGAUGAUUUAGUUGUCGAACCUGAAGAACAAGUACACGGACAAAAAGAACAUGUGAAACGAGAAAGAAGAGAGAUAAGGUCAAAGAGGAAAUAUGAUAGAGUUCCAAUCGUAAGAGAAUUAAAGAAUACGGGAAUUGAUGAGUUUGUCAAAGAGGAACAAGAAGAUCAUGUUAGAAAAACAAAUAAGGAAUAUCCACCUGGUUUAAGAUACCUUCCAACCAGAAUGAAAUGUGAUAACAUCACUGCAACUGUUAUGGGGAUGUCACCAGAACAAAAAUAA